AUGCAAAGUAACGGGUAUCACAGUUCUCAUUUUUUUCUAAUUUUUCGAGCCUCUGAAAGUGAAGCUUGUCAAGAUGGAUUGAAAUCAGAUGAAGUAGCACACAACCAUCGGAACAAAUCGCUUGCUAGCCGUGGUGAAAUGCUCACUAAGCUAGAUUCCAGUACAGAAGCGAUCUUCGCCGCGAACACCACCGGAUGUCGAUCAAUGGGGUAUAACUGCAGAUCGCAGUUGCUGCAAAGUUUGGCAGCCAAUGAAGCGGAAUUGGGUGACCUAACACGUUGCUUUGAAAACGAUCCACCAGUGGUUGAACGCCGGAAUUUGCUGCAUCGUCGCGGCAUCGCUCUACGGAAACUCGGUCAGUUUCAUGAGGCACGUGCGGCAUUCCUAGAGGCAAAGUUCGCCACGCGAUUCAGAUGCUCCGAGGACGUUCCGGAAAGUGUGCUCGACGAGAAUUUGCGGCAGUGUGACAAUCAAGACUCCUCGGAUCGGAACAUGCAUCCUCCGCUGAUUUUCCAUUCCAAACCAUCGACUGGUUUUCAGAUCACCGAGAACAUCUCAUUCACCGACUGCAUUUCCCAAGAGCCAGGGUCAUUCCGUAUUCGCUCCAACGGUUUGUUGGGGUGGAACCUUGUGGCGAAUAGGGAUAUUAUUCCUGGAGAAUUGAUCGCCGCCGAAAAACCAUACGUUCGUGUUCUGAACCCAGGCAAGGAGCUACGUCAUUGCUACCACUGCUGCAAGCGAUCACUCAGUUUGAUCCCAUGCCGAAAUUGUUCCGAGGUUGGGUUCUGCUCCGCUCAAUGUGAGCGGGACACCUGGACGUUGGAUUGGUGGCACAUGAGUCAAGUUGAAUCACACGGCGAAAUCGUGGACAGACCUGAUUUGGAUCAGUUCCAUCGCUUCGAAUGUGGUCAGCGCUCACGAAUCACGCUGAAGGAUGUGGGUGGAUUGCUGUGGCUUCAAGGGUCCGGUGGUGCAGCAUGUACAUCCUCGAGGCUACAGCGCUACCACAGUUGGCUGCGCCAAGUUACUCCAAUUGAAUACCCGAUUUUGGAUGUGAGCGAUUUUAUUUUGGCAUUUGCUUGUGUCGCUCGCACUCCUUGGAGGACAAUAUGGAGACUGGCGAGGGGCCAGCCGGAUGACAGCAACAAGAAGAUCGCACACUCCGGAAAUUCCUUGAGACCACGGUCUUCUCUGUUUGCUUUCUCUGGCCACGAAACCGUGCCCGCUGCCGUCAUCAGAACAGGUACAUAUGAGUCAGUGAGUUGGAGGAGUCCUGGACGAAAGGAACGUUCUGUGGAGGAUUUGUGGCAACGGACUGUGGCCGCCGUGUUUCUCGCUCACUGUUUAUCGGCUGGUGGCUACCCUCUUGACUGGGAAGAUGAUCCAAUGUUGAAUCCUUCACAUGCACUAACAGGCGAAGAUCGAUCCGCACUCCCGGCUUCCUGGGCUGCUGCCUGUCUGUUAUAUCAUCUCCAAGCAGACAUGCGUGCAACCCGCUGCCAAACCGUUGUCUGUCAGGAACAAGACGCGGUGAACUCAUCUGGAACCGUAUGCAAUCGAAUUCAACUAACCCCAGUUUCCAGAGGGAUAUAUGCGCUUUUAAGCCUGACCUCACAUUCUUGCAGUCAGAUCAGCGCUAUCAUUACAGUAGAUGAGGUGGGUGAGGGAUUGUUUGCAUACAAAACAAUUAGAGCUGGUGAGGAGAUUUCUUUCAGUCUUUGCAACAAUUACUACGGCGCCGCGAGACAAGAAAUUUUACUUAAACGCUUUGGAUUUCACUGUGACUGCCUAGCGUGUUGUGAGAGCUGGCCAGUUAAGCUUGUUGCAGAAUGCACGCUGCGGUGUAAGAGUUGUGGAAAACUGCUUGUUGCGCACGGUCGCAUGUCAACUACGCCAAUUGUUCCUACUGAAUGCCGCUGCCAGCUGCGUAUCAGAGGUCAUCGACUGUCAGAAAUCAUGCAGCAAUAUGACCUGCAAAUCGCCAUGCCGCCCACCAUUAUACGUGGUUUUGAAAACGUUCCGCUUCCUCAUAUUUCCGGCUCUGUGUUGGACCGGCGUAUCACUGAAGUGGUAAAGAAAAUCAGGGUGUUGGAACAGCAUGAAUUAUUCCGGGAGCCGUGCGGCAUCUUGACUACACUGAAGGACCAGCUUCAUAUACUACUAAACUCCCGCUAUGGACAGCAUUAUACAUUGUCAGCUUUAGUAGCAGAAACACGUGACCCACCUCGAAUGCUACCUGCUCCGACUUGCUGA